AUUUUCCCCUUCUCCUCAGGAAUCCCGUGUUCUUUUAUAGCAACACCGCUCCUGGUUCUCUUUUACUUUUCUUUUUACUAACAACUAUUCUUUCAAGAAAAAAUAACAACCAACAGGUUUUCGUACAAUGGCGACAUUAGGAACUCCUCUAUUGUCAUCUUCUGCAACGAGUUCUAGGAGCAUGAGCAGCAACAGUAGCAGCAGCGAGGUUGAUGAUAAUGAUAUCCGGUUUGUAUCUCAGCGUUUUCAGUUGCAAGAUGUUGAGGUUUGUGUUCCAUGCAAACCCUUUUCAGGGUUUCAAUCAUAUCGCUCGUUGGCUGUGCUUUCUGGUCAUGUUGGUUCGGUUUCUUGCUUGGCUUUAUGCGGGGAGUUCAUCUUGAGUGCUUCACAAGGGAAGGAUAUUAUUGUGUGGCAACAGCCUGACUUGAGGCUGUUUACGAAGUUUGGACAAGGUGAUGGGUCGAUUAAAGCGCUCGUAACUGUUGGAAACAAAGUGUUUACUGCUCAUCAAGAUAGUAGGAUUAGAGUAUGGAAGGUUUCAAGACGCUCGGAGAAUGUGUUUAGGCUUGUUGAUACACUUCCUACUACUAAGGAUUAUCUAGGGAAGUUUAUGAAGCAAAGUAAUUAUGUGCGAACUAGGAGGCAUCAUAAGAGGUUGUGGAUUGAACAUGCUGAUAGUAUUUCUUGUUUGACAGUUUGUAAUGGGUUGAUUUAUUCAGGUUCUUGGGAUAAGACACUCAAGGUUUGGAGAAUAGCGGAUUUGAAGUGCUUGGAGUCAAUUAAGGCUCAUGAUGAUGCCAUAAAUGGGCUGGUUGCUAGUAAAGGGAUUGUGUAUUCAGCUUCAGCAGAUGGGAAGAUUAAGGCUUGGGGUAAAGAAGGGAAAAGUUCACAUUCAUUGAAGGGGAUUUUGGAGGGUCAUAAAGAUGUUUCAUUGAAUUCAGUGGUGGUUUCUGAGGAUGGGAAGUGGGUGUAUGGAGCAGGUUCAGAUGGGUUUGUGAUGGGAUGGGAGGGAAGUGCUGAUUUUGUAAGUUGGAAGUUGAUUUGUGAGAUAAAAGCACAUGAAAUGGCCGUUUUGUGUGUGUGCUUGGCUGGGGAGUUAUUUUGCAGUGGUUCAGCUGAUAAGAGUAUUGGCAUAUGGAAGAGAGAAGCUUAUGGUAAACUUUGUAAAGUUGGGAUCAUAAACGGCCAUGAAGGGCCUGUAAAAUGUUUGCAAGCAUCACCUAAUAGUAUUGGUGGUGGGUUUUUGCUCUAUAGUGGAGGCCUUGAUAAAAGUGUCAGGGUAUGGUGGGUUCCAAAGCACUCUCCUGAGAAACAAGACAACUCUACAGAACCAAAUUAUACCGAAGAAAAGUCUACCAUCUUGUGUUAGCCGGGAAGUUUUUCAGGGUUGUGGCAUCACAGUUGAUGAAGCAUUGGCUCCUUUUUUAUGUGUUUGCAAUGCUUCCAUAAUUGUUUUUUUUUUUGUGUCUAUAGUUGAACAUAGGAGGCAUAGUUGAAGCCUAAAGUUUGGUGUUAUUUGGGUUUUUUGGGUUGAGUUCUUAAUGUGAAGUUAAAACUUAGAGUGAAACCCUUUAGGAUGUAACAUAUUAGACAUUGUUGAGUGGUGUGUUUUCUUUUUUUCUUCAGCUUUUUAAGUCUUAUACAGUUUUUUAUAUUUGUAAGCAAUUGUAAUUGGAGUUUG